AACACGUUUCUGAUACGUCAUCAGCAGCAGACACGACAUCUCAAGAGAGCAGCAGCAGCAGCAAUUAUGCUUUUCUACUCGUUUUUCAAAUCUCUGGUGGGGAAGGACGUGGUGGUGGAGCUCAAGAACGACCUGAGCAUCUGUGGGACACUUCAUUCUGUUGACCAGUACCUGAACAUCAAACUCACAGACAUCAGUGUCACAGACCCAGAGAAAUACCCACACAUGCUGUCUGUGAAAAACUGUUUCAUCCGUGGAUCGGUGGUCCGUUACGUUCAGCUACCUGCAGAUGAAGUGGACACUCAGCUGCUGCAGGACGCAGCGCGAAAAGAAGCCAUGCAGCAGAAGCAGUGAUUUGGCUGCAGGAUGGGGUUUAGUCCGGGGAGGGUUUUUGUAACGGUGAAUAAUGAGUAGUUUAAGUUUAGUUCAGUCAACGAUGGCAAGUGUCAUUCAGCAGUAUUGGUCAUUAGCUUUUACUUUAUCAAAAAUAAUUUAAUCGCAUUCCCGACAUUAGUGAUCAAUAUUUUUCAAAUCAAUGAUUAUUGAAAGCCUUCUUUACCUCACAGACCAUGUAGGAGUUUUUUUGUUGAUCUUCUGUUUUGAUGAAAAUCGAUAAAACUAAAUUUCAACCCCAGCAAGGAGAGCUAAAGUUCUGCUGUGAUGUUUAUGUUGAGUAUUAACAGGCACUGUUUGAUUAUCUCGUAAAAAUGAUGACUUUUGGAAUUUUUUUUUAUGCCACCUGGAAAUAAAAGUUAUUUAUAUUUUGA